AUGACCCAGUGGCGCUCUUCCUCGGUGUUGGAGGGGACUCGGUCUGAGCAGCUACGUAGUAGGCGUUUAUACGCGCUAAAGGGGGCCAUUGGAGGACAGACGGAGUGGCGAGUGUAUGUGGGUUUCACCCCCGGAGCAAUUCCCCUGAACAUUGUGACUGUAUUCGCCGUGGUUCUGGUAGUCAUGGGUGUACUGAUUCCCGGCCUCCAAGGGCUGCACGCGGUUUUGCGCACCUCGACUGCUCUCGCGGGGGCGGACAUGGCUGGAGGCGCAGGGGCAGCAAGGCCCCAGCACCCACCUUUGACAUACAUCUACCAUCGCUCUCUUAAAUCGGAAAAAUGUCUCAGGAUCCCCCAUUCCAUUUCUUACUAUUGCCCCACUUCUCACACAUGGAUGCCUGUCACCUCGCAUGCCGUCCAGCAAUCUAGAGCCCAAGGCCAGGCCAAUGCAACCUCUCCCAAACACCACCUCGACGUCGUCUCCUGGAACAUCGACUACAGCAGCGCCAAGCCCUCGCGGCGGUGCGUCGCACUCAUUAGCCACGUCCUCGAGGGCGGCGUCCCCGAUAUCAUCUGCCUACAAGAGAUCACGCCCGUGCUGCGCACCGCCAUCCUGGGCAGCCCCGGGGUGCAGGAUGCGUUCCUCGCGACCGACGCCGGCCCCGACGCGGACCAAAAGAUCUUUGAGAACAUGACCCUGCUUUCCAAGAAGGGCUUUGCCUACGGUGGCGCGGACGGAUCCAAAGGCGAGGAGGAGGACAAGUUCAUGGUCGGGCAGGUCUUUCGCGAGCAGACGCCGACCGCGAUGGGCAGGGAGGGACUCUGCGUUGACCUCAUCCCGCCCGGCGCGCAGGGCGGCUUCGUCCGCGUCGUAAACGUGCACCUCGAGUCCCUCAACUCGUUCCCCUACCGCGCCGCGCAGCUCAAGCGGCUCGCCGCCGCUCUGCGCGAGCCUGGCUGCGGCGGGGGCUGAUCGUGGGGGACUUUAACGCCAUCACCGAGGAGGACCACGGGCUCCUUGAUGAGUACGGACUGCAGGACGCGUGGCUGACGCUGCAUCGAGGCACCGGCAAGCCUGACGUUACGUGGAAUGUCAGUAGAACGAAUUCCAGAUUCGAGCCGGCGAGGAUGGACAAGGUCGCCAUGGUGGGCUUGGUGCCGGAGUCGAUGGAGAUUAUGCAUCCCCUGCUCGUCGAUGCGCCGAGACCAGGAGCGCCGUCUGCAAAAGUUGAAUGGAGCGACCACAGCGGACUGCGGUGCAAGUUUCAUAUCUAUAGAUAUCCGGAGGCUGGCUAGAAGGAAAAGGGCCUAUGUACGAUUAUAGAGGUAGCCACCAACGAUAAAACCCACCAUGCGGUUUGGGCAAGAAUAAAAGCAUUCUAAUAUCUACAAAAAUACCG